AAGGUCCCCCUCGUGGCUCAUCUCACUGACGUCGGAGGCCCCCGCCAUGAACAAACGCUUGGUGUUCUACUCGCUGCUGUUGGCUUCGGCCUGCGCGUGCGCGCAGGGGGCGCCGCUGGACCAGGUCGCCCUGGUCGCCGAGUCCUGCCAAGAUGCUUUGGCCGUGGGCGCCGCCGGGGAAGCUCUGACCAAGAUUAACCGCGAGCGCAAGGAGGGCUACAUCCUCAGUCUUCGCCGCUUGGCCAACGCGCACUCCGAAAAGCACGAAGAAAACGGCAUGGUCUUCUACCUGACCCUGGAUGUUGUCGAGACCAACUGUAGCGUGCACAGCCAGAAGGAUUGGAAGGACUGCCAGCCUCGCCCCACAACCGACACGCCCGUCUACGGACAGUGCAAGGCGGCGAUCUACAUGAACAGGGUGAAGCGGGUGGUGCGCCUCUACAAGUACGAUUGUGUCGUCAGACCAGUGCCCGUCGAAAGGAUGAGCCGGUUAUGCCCGGACUGUCUGACUUUGGUGGCUUCCGAUGACGCCGAGAUUCAGAAGACGGUGUCGGAAUCUCUGAAGAAGUUCAACAAGGAGAGCGGAUUGGCCAAUCGCUUUGCUGUGCUGCGGAUCACCCGAGCGACUUCGGGGAUGGCCGCGGGAAUGUCUUACCACGCCGAGUACGCCAUCCAGGAGACAACCUGCCCCAAUGACAAAGAAACCAGCGCGGACGACCACUGCCCGCUCAUGGACUGCGAGUUUUCUCACAAAGGUUUUUGUAAGGCCUCCCACCACCACACUCCCGCCGACAAGAGUGAGGUCGACGUCGUGUGUGAGAUCUACGAGCCCGAGGGUGCCGAACGCGAGAAGAAACUCCACGCCUUGGGCGAUGAGCUGGAUCACAGUCACAACGACAGCCACCCGCACGGCAGCGGUGACGACUCGGCGCACCCUCACGACCACCUCCACGACCACACCAAGAGCCACGCCCACCACGCCGGCGAUCACGCCGAGGGCGGCGGGCACCACCACACGCACGACCACGACGAGGGUAGCGCCCGCAGGCACGCCCACGACCACUCCCACGACCACGCCCACGACCACGACCACGCCCACGCGCACCACGCCCGGGCCCACGAUCAUAGCGCCGACUCGCCCGACCACCACCACAAGUACGAGCACCAGGCGGGGGUCCGCACGCACGAGCACGACCACGAGCUCGCCCUGGACCACGACCACAAGCACAAGCACUUGCACGCGCACGAGCAUCACCAUCAUCAUCACGCGCACGACCACGAGACGACGGUUCACGAUCGUCCGCAGGGCAGCGUGAGGCGGUUGCCGGCCAUGGGCCAACCCGCGAGCGUGCCGUCCUUGCCCGACGCGGGAGCCGUCCCGUCUCUUCUCCCCGAUCCGCAGAUCCCCAACGCGACGCAACCCACCGUUCGGCCCUUCCCCACUUCACUUUCACCUCAGUGCUCGCCCCCCGCGAAGGGCCCAACGCUGGUGGACGAACUCUUUGCGGAAGACCCCCUGUUCCAAAUGGCCGCCUAAGUUAGCGUCGACGCACAGCAGCCGAGUGGCCGUUCCAACUCGCCGAUCACUCGGACCAGAUUUCCUCAGAAGUGCCGAUCGCCACUGGCGAUCUGUUGAAAU